GCCAUCUUUGCCCUUCACGUAGUGGGCAUUGGUGUGGUGAGAGAACGUUUUUCUUUCUAUCUUUUUUAAGGAAAACAAGGGAGUGAGGGAGAAAAGUCAAGGACGAGGCCAGGACUUGAAAAGGACUGAAGUAGGACUGAGCGGGGAGGUGAAGGGUGGACCUUUACUGACGGCGGCAGGGGCGGCAGGGGUUGUGAGGGGGCCGGUUAACUAGGCCGCAGCAGCCAUGGCGGUCGACUUUGGGGACCACGCCAGCGGGUUCCGCCACACCGAGGUGAUCAGGUUCAUCAACGACGAAGUCCUCAUGAACGGCGGUGGGCCGGAUUUCUACGCGGCCUUGCGCUCGCGGCCCUGGGACGAGGUAGAGGAGCGGCUUCGGACGGUCCUGGCCGACCCGCAGCUGCCGCGCGCCACGAAGAGGGCCUGUGCGUGGAGCGCGCUCGCCCUGAGCGUGCGCGUGGGAGCCAGGCAGCGGGAGCAGCAGGGGCGCCAGGCCCGGCGGCUGCAGAGCCAAGUAGAGGAGCGCGAGACGGCUACCUGGGCCCUGGCCUCCGAGCUGCAGCGGCUGCGCGGGGAGCGCGAGUCGGCGGUCGCACAGCUGCGCUCCACACAGGCUGCGCUGCGGCAGACUCUGGUCGAGUGUGACGCGCUUCGUGGGCGGCUGCUCCAGGUGGAGAGGGCCUCCCGGGUCGUGCCGCUGGCCCGCGAGAGAGUGCCUGGGCCUCCGGCCGAGCAACUUGGGGCCAUAGCAUGGCCCCGGAAUGCAGAUGUGGUGGCCAGGGGGCUGCGCAGCAGGCUGUAUUUUGAGGCCCGGGUGCCGGCCCCGGUGGCUGUUCUUUACGUGCCGGGCCCCCCGAGUCCCUGGGCUCAGGCCGUACAGCCCGCUCUGCCAGUGCCCGUGCGGUACUUGCUUCCGUUCCGUGCCCCGUUCCCCGUGGGAUUCCCCGUCUCGCCACCUCUGCCGCCAGUAGUAGUCAUGGUUGCAGAAGCUGCAGUCGUUCCACAUCAGAUGCCUCCUCUGGGGAUCGGGCCACCUGGUCCACGUGCUGCAGUGGGCUACCAAGAGGGGAUGGUCCCACGGUGGGACCAGAGGAGCUGCAGCCAGGCGGAAGGUCCUGCGAUCCUCCAGAGUGCAGUCCCCCUGAGGGGCUUCAGAAGCCUUAGCCAAGAAGGUCCGCAGCGGCCUCAGGGGAUGGUUCCUGUCAGAGAUAGCUGGAGCCAGAGCCAGAGCCAGGAAGAAGAUCCAGAGAGCACUCACGAAGUGGUCCCCCUUGGGGAUAGCUGGAGCCACAGCCAGCAAGAAGAUCCAGAGAGAGCCCAGGGGACGGUUCCUAUCGGGGAGAGCAGGAGCCACAACCAGGAGGAAGGUCCAGAGAGGGCCCAGGGGGUGGUUCCUGCUGGGGACAGCCAGAGCCAGAGCCAGGAAGAAGGUCCGGGGUGGGCCAAAGGAAUGGCCAUCCUUGGGGAUGGCUGGCGCCAGAGCCAGGAAGACCGUGCAAAGAGGGCCUGGGGGAUGGUUCCCGUCGGGGAGAGCUGGAGCCACAGCCAGCAAGAUCAAGAGGUGCUCCAGGGGGUGGUCCCCCUUGGGGAGAGCUGGACCCAGAGUCAGCGAGAAGGUCCAGAGAACCCCCAAGGAAUGGUCACCCUUUGGGGUAGCUGGAGCCAGAGCCGGGAAGAAGGUCCAGGGUGGGCCCAAGGAAUGGUUCCUGUUGGGGGUAGCUGGAGCCACAGCCAAGAAGAAGAUCGAGAGAUGCCCCAGGGGGUGGUACUUCUUAGGGAUAGUUGGAGCCUCAGCCAGGAGGAUGAUCUAGGGAGGCCUCAGGGGAUGGUCUCCUUUGGGGAUAGCUGGAGCCAGAGCCGGAAAGAGGGUUCGGAGAGGCCUCGGGGGGUGGUACUCCUUAAAGAUAACCAGGGCCAGAGCCAGGAAGAAGGUCCAGAGAAUCCUCAGGAGAUGGUUCCCUUUGGGGACAGUUGGAGUCUCAGCCAGGAAGAAGGGCCAGCAAAGGCCCAGGGGAUGGUCCCCUUUGGGGGUAGCUGGGGCCUCAGCCAGGAAGAAGGUUCGGGGCGAUCCCAGGAGAUGGUUACCUUUGGCGCCAGCAAGAUGAAUAGCCGGGAAGAAGAUCCAGAGAGGCCCCGGGAGAUGGUACCUCUGGGGGCCAGUGGGAGACACAACCAGGAAGAAGAUCCAAAGAGGCCUCAGGUGAUGGUGCCCCUGGGGGCCAGUAGGGACCACAGCCAGGAAGAAGGUCCAAAAAGACCCCAAGGGAUGGCCCCCCUUGUUGCCAGCAGAAGCAGUAGCCACGAAGAAGAUCCAGACAGGCCUCAGGAGAUGCUCUCCUUGGGGGCCGGCGGGAACUACAGCCAAGCAGAAGGUCCAAGAAGACCCCAGGGGACGGGGGACAGAAGACGCCAUAGCCAGGAAGAAAGUCCAAAGAGGUACCCCCCGGGGUUUAGGAGGAGCCACAGCCUGGAAGAAGGUCUACAGAGGCCCCAGGCGCCCCCCCAGGGGGACAGCCGGAGCUGUGGUGCGAGGGAAAGCCCAAUGAAACAGCAGCCUCAGGGGCAGAAGGCCAAGCAACCAAAAGGGAAAAAAGCUCUGGGUCUCCUGCACCAGGAGAAGUCUGCCUCAGGCUGCGGCCCAGAGAGUUGGGAGUGCCCACGGUGUAAAGCCAUGAAUUUUUCAUGGCGCAAGGCCUGCUAUAAAUGCAAGGAAGUCUGUGUGGACGUUGAGAGUAGAGGCCUGGACCCAGGACCAACUCACUGAUUUAAGAAAGGUGAGGGCCUGUUUUUGUGUCUCCGAGCCCCACAGAAAUUGUUUGUUGCUGAAGAAGCUGAACCUGUCCCAUUAGAAGAUCUUCUAAGAGUUUACAGAAAUCACACUUGAUUCCUGCUCACCUGCACCUCAUCGAGACCCCCGUUGGCUGGAGCGGAGAGGAGUGAGAGGAAGUCGGGGAAGAGGAGAUGCUUCGGUGCUCGUUAAGGCGGAAAGGAGGGCAAAAUGAUUUCGUUAGAAUUUAAUUUCUCUGUUGGGACAAGGAAUUAAUUUGGAAGAGUUGGGUGUUGUGGUGUUAAAUUCUGUGAUAGCAAAUUUGAUAGAUAACAUUUAAUUCAUUACACAAAUUGUUAUUGAUUGCCUAGUUUAGGUUAGGAGCUAGAACCAUAUGUUAAUAUUUAGGGCACACAUCAUAACUUUUUCAUUAGAUGAUAGGAGAGAGCAUAAUUUGAGAUCAGAAGUGAGUUAUUUGCCUAGUAUAUAGCAUGGGCUUUGGGUAAACCCAUUUGAAGUAACAUAGAUAUUUUGCAGUUCCAGGAGCAACAUCAGAACUUUCAUGAGAGGAUUUACCAAACUCCUCAUCUCCUUGCUCCUAGGUGAAACAAAUGAGCAGUGGCAAAGAUCAGGAAAGUAGCAUCACAAAGUGCAGGCAGGAUUUUUCUGAAAGUCUGAUUUCUUUCCUUGAGAGGGAAAACUAUUAUCCUUGUUGCCCUGAAAGACCAGUAACUUAAGUAUCUUAAGUCACUGAGUGACUUAAAGAUAGUACUUGGGGGAGUGUUACACACUUGAAUCCUCCAUCUUGGCUGCCUCCAUCCCAAGCCCCUUUCCAGCCAAGAAUGGAUGAAGAACACAGUGGAUUCCAAGGACAGACAUAAUGCUUCUCUUGGAUUAGAUUAAAAAUAAUACUGGACUGGAUCAAGCACUCUUGACAAUGACCCUGGUCCCCUUAUCUUCCACUUGGUGUAUUCUCUGCAAGGCUGUCUGCUCUUCUGAGGCAGCUGGCACAAGUGAGGAGGGAGCCAUGAUGGAGCCCAGGGGGUGGGAGGUUAGAUCAGCCUCAGUCUGAACAAAAGAUGUUGUAGUUUCCCCUGUGAGAUCUGCCCAGCUCACCAAGCUCAAC